AUGUUCCGGACUGGUGGAAGUGCCGUCGGUGAGGAGCGAGAUGGCGAGAAGUUGUUUGAUGACUUUCAAAGAGGGUUGAGGCUCGAUGACAAUACCAGUGGUAGCGAUGUGGUUGGCAACGCAGGCACACUCGAACAAAGCUGGAAUGCAAGCCAGGAAAGCGCAGGCUGGCAAAGCUGGAGUCUGGCUCAAAUGAGGUCGUUCGACACGUACACGCAACUAGACGCUCCUCUACACGAAUCUGUUCGCAACGAUCAUUCCCACAUUACAAAUGAUACGACCGCACCGCGUCAACUUCCGCACCCACCGGCAAACGCAUCCCUUGCUCAAUCCGACGACAUCUUCUCUCUGCUCGACGCGGAAUCUCAAUCCUCAGCACCGUCUCAACCGGAAGCCUCGCUGUCCUCCGCGGUCCUGUCCAACUUCUCCUCCACCUAUCGUCCACCCUCGCCCUCCCAUCCCAGCUUCAGCCGCGAACAAGCAGCCCUGCACCUCUCUCUCGCCGAAGCGCAAUCCUCCACCCAAUCUCAACGCGAUCUCGUCAUCCCUCGCCCCGACAACCCAUCCACCCUGGAAGGCGUCUACGCUCCCACACCCGAAGCCGCCCUCUCCUCCAUCUUCGCCACCACAGGCCGUGACGAAUCCACCGACGUCACCGAAACCGAAUCCAUCGACGACAGAGGCAGAACGGUCAUUAAGAAGAUCACAAAGCACUUUGAUGCUUCGAGCUACAUCGACGACGUCUACGGCAUCUCUCCCGUGUUGAAUGAGACGAUCGAGGAGGUGCUGAAACCGGACACCACGGGGGAGAACAGGGAGAAGGCUGUCAGAAGGUUGGAAAGUCUUUGGCGACAUAUCAGCAACUCGGGACCACAGAAUCAGGGCGCGGAUUGGGUGGAUGGUUGGUUGCUGAAGAAUACUUGA